AUGGUAAAAUUAGCAUCAUUUAUCGAAAACGACAAAAGACGAAGCCUAAGGCCAAAAAAGGCGAAAAAUAAAACUCUUUCGCAAAAUAGCGAAAUGACUCCGGCGAAACUGCAAACCCCCCGAUAG